UGCUCAUAGAUAGCAGUACAGUACCUUGGCCUUGCGAGCCCUCAUAUCAAUGUUGCAGCGUAUGGCAAUGACGAUGGACCUACGUUUAAUAUUGUUUAUUGGAAGCCUUUUCCUCCUUUUAUCUCCUGACCUAUUUCAGACAAUUCUUGCCCAAGAACAAUACGAUGUGAGGCUUGUGGGAGGAUACACUGCUGCUGAAGGUCGAGUGGAGAUCUACUACCGGUCAUCGUGGGGUACAGUAUGCGACGAUACAUGGGCCAGCGACGAGUCACAGGUGGUGUGUCAGCAGCUGGGUUACUCCGGAAAUGCAGAAACUCACGCCAAGGCUGCCUUCGGUGAAGGAACCGGAACAAUCUGGUUAGACGACGUGAAUUGUAUUGGGGGCGAGACGUCGUUGUCAUCGUGCACCCACCGCGACUGGGGAACCAACGACUGCAGUCAUGCUGAAGAUGUUGGGGUCACAUGUCAGACCCCAAGUAAUGUUACCGAGGGAUCGCUAAGACUCGCUGGAGGAGCGACCCCGAAUGAGGGACGGGUCGAGAUCUACCACAAAAGCCAAUGGGGCACUGUAUGUGAUGACAACUGGGAUACUACUGAUGCCACCGUAGCCUGCCGGCAGCUAGGCUACGCGGGAGUCGACGUAUUAGUCGACGUAUUACUCGACGGGGGUACCGGGUUGGGGCCAAUCUGGUUGGAUGAAGUGGCUUGUGAUGGCCCGGAGGUUAUGCUUUCUUCAUGCUCCAAUAGUGGUUGGGGAGUCCAUAACUGUGUUCAUUCCGAAGAUGCAGGAGUGCGAUGCUCAUCCUCAGUCGGUAAGAUAUAUGUAAACUUAAAGGGGAAGUCCAUCCUGAUCCUAAGUUACUUUCAAUCAAAGCACAAAAACAAGUAA